AUGGUUCGUUAUGGAAGAAAACAUCGACGAGCAGUUCAUUUGAACACUAAUCGUCAUUUAUCAACUAAAACCGGUGGUAUACAUCUUUGCAAAUAUUUUUCAACGAUUCGUUCAAAACUGGCUAGAUUAAUGCGUUAUAAAUUUUCAUUAAUAUCACUUUUAUUUCAUCGUAGUCGACUUAAAUCUCGUUAUAUAUUAUCGAUACUUGUUGGUUUAUCACUUGGUUUUACAUUAAGUUUAGCAUGUUUACCAAUGAUAAGUGUUUGUGAUAAUCCAUUAUUACUUUUUUCUGAACCAUUUUCUUCUUCAUUAAAUAAUCAACUUUCAAAUGAAACAUUUUCAUUACGUGAUACAAUUGAUCGAAUAUUAAAUCGACAUGCACGUUCAGUUGCUGAUGUUACACUCGUUGAUUAUGGUAGUAAAGAUUAUGAACCACGAAUAGUUCAACCAUCAUCAAUGGAAAAAAAUCUCAAUAAUCAAUCUUUAUCAACAACAACACAAUCAUCAAAUACACCGAAAGUUACACGACCACGUUAUAUAGCUGAUGAAUUAGGUAUACGUGAAAAAAUUCUUGUUGCUGUUAUAACUGAAACCAAUCAUUUAAAUACAUUUGCGUUUUUUCUCAAUCAAACAUUACAAAAUUAUGUUAAUCGUUUAUUAUUUUUUAUUGAUGAAGAUGUACAAGAUUUUCCUAAAAGUAUGGAAGUAGUUGCAAUACAUGAUAAACGAGCUUAUCUAAAACCAUUUUAUAUAUUAAAAUAUCUUGCUGAAAAAAUGAUUAAAUCAUAUGAUUGGUUUGUACUUGUUCCUGAUAAUACAUAUAUACGAGGUUUUAAACUAAAUGAAUUUUUAAAUCAUAUUAGUAUUAGUCAAGAUCUUUAUAUGGGACAACCAUUUGAUGAUGUACAUGCUGUAUAUUGUUAUUUUGGAUCUGGUAUUAUUUUAUCAGGAACUAUACUUCGCAAAGUCCUUGAUGAAAUUGAUUGGUGUACAAAUAAUGCUUAUUCACAAGAUUUAACUGAUAAUAUUGGUAGAUGUAUUUUAAAAGCAGCUAAAUCACCUUGUGUUAAUACGGCUAGUAAUUAUAAAUUUACAGCGUAUGUAAAUUAUCGAUUUGAAUUUGAUACGGAUAUUGAUAAAUUAUCUAAAAAUGAAGAAUUUAAUCAAACAUUAACUGUUCAUCCUGUAAAUGAUCUAGAAACAAUGUUAAAACUUCAGAAAUAUUUUAAUCAAGUUGAAAUUGAUGAAAUGACACGUAGUAUAUCGAAAUAUGAAGAAACUAUCGAAAAUCUUUCGUGUUAUGCACCAGAAGGUUGUGGAAAUAUUCCAUGGCCAGUUGGAGUACCACCACCAUUUAAACCAACAUCACGUUUUGAUGUUCUUCGUUGGGAUUAUUUCAAUGAAACACAUAUUUAUUUAAAAACAGAUAUUGAUGUCAUCGAUCCAAUGAAAGAUGAUGAUUAUGAAGAGAUACAUGAAGUUAUUAACUAUGCUGUCGAACAAUUACAAAAGAAAUAUGGAAUUCAAUUAAAAUUUAAAAAACUAAUUAAUGGUUAUCGUCAAUUUGAUCCGACACGAGGUACACAUUAUAUUAUGGAUCUAUCGCUUAUCGAUGAGAAUAAAAUUGAAUUUAUUAAGCGUGCAGAAUUAAUGCGACCAUUAGGACUCGUUGAAAUAGUGCCAAUGCCAUUUGUUACUGAAUCAACAAAAAUCUUUCUUAUUUUACCAAUAUAUUCUGAUGAACAAUCAGUUGCAAUACGUUUUCUUCAUUAUGCAAAUAAAACAUUAUUUGAUAAAGAAACCCGUGAUAAAUUUGAAUUACAUCUUACACAUAUUAUAACAACAAAACAAGAAUUAUCUCAAUCACAAAAAUGGUUUGAUAAUAUACGUCAUGAAAUUGAUUUAAUACAUCGUACAAGAACUCAAUUAGUAGUAUCAUAUCAUACUAUACAUUUACCAUCAACAUCAUCAAUAACACGUUAUACACAUACAACACAUAUACUUGAUUAUUUUGAAACAAAAUUUCGAACAAAUUCACUUGUAUUUUUAACAAAUCCAUAUGUUAAUAUUGAAUCAGAUUUUUUAAAUCGUUGUCGUUUAAAUGUUAUUGAAAAUGUUCAAUUAUUUUUUCCUAUUGCUUUUUAUCAAUAUCAUCCACAUAUUAUAACACGUACAUAUCAUAUGACAGAUAAUUCAACAAUUGAACUACAUAAAUCUCAUGGUUGGUUUAAUUCAUAUGCAUUUGAUCAUAUUGGAUUAUAUAUGAAUGAUUAUUUAAAAUUAAAACAAACUAUUUUAUUGCAUAAUAUAACGUUAUCAUCAAUGAAUUUCUAUGAUUUAUUUAUACAAUUAACUGAUAUACAUAUUUUACGUGCACCAGAUCAAUCAUUACGUGUUCAUUAUCAUCCAAUAAAAUGUGAUUCAAUAAAACAAUUGAAUAAUAUUGAAUAUAAUCGAUGUUUAAUGCAAAAAGAAAAAGGAUUAGCAUCACGUAGUCAAUUGGCUAUGAUUAUUAUUGAAAAUGAACAAACAAAAAAAACUGAUAAGAAAAAAAAAUGA